AAACGAAUGGACUUUGUUCGGCUGCAUUCAAGACAGAUUGCCCUUCCUGUUCGCUUUUUAACUGUUACGAAAGAAAAAUACCAUGGAAAUGAAAGGAAAUUCUACCAACAUUUAUCUUUUUAACUGCGAUAAUACUUGCAGUUUGGAUCCAAUAGAAUCCUUGCUACUAGCCGUGCAAAACGACGUGAAGAUGCGGUUUGCUGUAGACAAGCGCAUUUUUCGGUUGCGCGAAAUGUCAGAGAUGAGCGAGACAAUUAUUCCUGAACUGCAGAUGGAUUAUGCUAUUUUUGCUGUUCAUGCCCAAGAAUCGCGUCUCUCAAUCAACGAAGACAAUGCUGGAAUUGGUUUCGCAAGGAUCUACAGAGCUUUACUGAAAGCAACUGGUGAGUAAAAAAGAUCGAGUUCAUAGGGUUUUCCACAAUAUCGUGUCAAGCCAUAAAAUCAUACCAUUUCCUAAUUUUUGACGAUUCAUAGUCAAAAGGCUUAUACGUCUUUUAUGUCCCUGAUUAAACCAACCAUUCUAAGAAUUAGUGCUGCGUAAAACUUAUGCCUUAAUUUGUUGUUCGUAUUUUACUCCGAGAGGAACACAAAGCAAUCAAUCCAAACAUACAAUGGUCUGUCAGUCUCUCAAGGUGGUCGAAUUUUUCCACUUUUACUUUUACUUGGACAAUGAAAGUUCGCUUUUCAAAGCUAGUUUCUCAUUGUUAUCACUCUCGCUUUGCAGCAAGCGACUGGUAGGUCGACUGUAAUCAUUGAAAUAAGUACAGUGAUGUUUGUGCAGCGAGAAAUAAUCAAAAUAAUGCCUUCCUCUGAAAGUGUGUGCAAGCUCGAGAUAACAAAGUUCAGAUCAGAGUUCACCUUGAUACGAACAGUAACUGACGUUAACAACGUAGCCUCUCAGCCUCACCGUAAUGAUUCUCGAGAGAAGAAAAAAGGCCUUCAUCUUCAUAAAAAAUGAAGAAAUGUUUUAACUUCACGUGUUACCAGUUGAGACACGUUAUAUGCCAAAGGAGUUUCCUCUCGGUCUCUUACCCACAUUCACUUGUCUUUUUUUUAUUUGUUUUGGUUUUUUAACGAAUAAGUUAUUUUUUCAUGAUACUAGUAAUUCUGGUAAGCUUGCAGACAGUAGUGUCAAAUAUUUACAGACAAUUUUUCUGGAUGAGUAACGUGGUAUAAAAAACUGUCAUUUCCAAAUGUUCCACCUUGUGUAUUUUUACCCAAAUAAUACUGCCUUUCUUCCAAACGUUCUGUUGGUGGGAUCCAGUCGAAGAGGGCAAUCACGUGCAAAGUGAGACAUUAACGAUUAUCAAACCUUGACCAAUGUGUGAACUGCCCUUCAACAGUGAAAACCACUACCACUUCAGUAUCAGUAUAACUCGUUUAGAAUAGUAAGGUGUAAUACAGUGUCUUGUAUUUAAAGGAAAUAAAGUAUUGAUCAUCAUUGGUGGGGAUGAUGAAUACAGAGAUGAAAACGAAGAAGAACAGGUUGUAAUAUCACGCUGGGCACGAAGGAAAGUGGAGUCACAGUUUGAUAAGGAGUAUCUCGAUGGAAGAAAAAGCUUCAUUUUUUCUUGGAACAAAAGUCACAGAGAAAUCCACGAGGAAGCAUUAAAGCACUACCUCGACCCAAGUAGGAAAGGAAAAAAGUUCCAGUAUGUGCCAAAACAAAAGCCAACAACCUUUCCUCCACCAGUCAAUGAUUCUCCAGACAAGGUUUGACCGUUUUUUGUCUUUAUUUGUUUAACCCUUUAACUCCCAUGAGUGACCAAAGCAGAAUUUCUCCUUACUAUAUCGAUACAACAUUAAGCAGACAAGUGAUGAGAAUAAAGAAACAGAUUAAUUAGGGGAUUAUUAGUAGAUCCAAUACCAAAAACUCCAAACUAACAUCACUAGAACUAUAUAGCAGACAGUUGGGAGAUUAACUAAUGAGAUCUUGGGAGUUAAAGGAUGAUCAAGCAUGCAUCCGGCUCAAGACACACAUAAUGUAAUAUCAAGAGGAGAGGUAGCAUCUAGUGCCACACGACGAUGAGAUCGAAGUUCGUUUAUGGUUGUACCCUCUGAUGGUAACCUAUAACCUUAUUUCGACAUUUGUUUAUAACGCAUCCACCUUGAAUUAUUUACAAAUUGAAAACUUAGAGAAGUGGAAGAGAGCAAUUAUUAGCUUACUACUCCUUAGAUUACUAUUCGGGUUGUGGAAUUGCAUUCUAGAGUCAUCAAGUCUAUUCAUUGGUGUCCACUCUUCCAUUAUUCUCAAUGUAAGUAGUAGAUAGGCAUGUUGCAAUACCGAGUUAAAGUGUUUCAAACCUCUAAAACAUGUUGAGUCAAGAUUCCUGUAUUUGUUCAUCAAGGCAAUCUAGAGUCCCAUAUGUGGUUUAUUCAUUCAUUCAUUCACAUUCUUUCGUUCCCUCUAAUCUUGUUCCUCCUAAAUCAUUUGUGCUUCUCAUUCAAGUUUGUUGAACGCUUUCUUUCAUGUAUCCUGCAGAACGGUAUUUCUGGUGAUGAUGUACCUCCUCAAGGAGGAAGAACCCAAAGAAGGUCCACAGGCCAAGAAAGAGAAAAAUGUGAGUCCACUAUUUAACUUAAAGAAUCUAUUUCUUGUGAUAAAAUCAUUUCUCAGAGGCUGAACACUCAUUUUGGAGUCAGUGUACUUUAUCAAACGAAUAAUUGGGUUCAAAUUAAAUAUUUACUUAUUUUAAUAUUUACUUUCCAUACCUUGUGACAUUGCAUAUCAACCAUGGUUGUGAGCUCUCUGACACAAACUCUACGCUCUACACCAGUCUCGAGUCCCUAAAGGGUCCCAAAAGUCUUAAAGUUUAAUUUUAGAAGCCACAAGCUAUCAUCCUCUGUCCCAGUUCCCAAGCACCAAAUUGCGUAACCUCAACCUUACCUUCUCAGUAUUGGGCGAGGGCUGAGACCUUCAGUAAGGGUUAUUUUUAUUUAUUUAUUUAUUUAUUGAUAUAUUCAGAAAUCUAUUUUAAUCUAGCCUUAGGGCCCAGGCCAGAUCCUACUGAUUCCCGACCGGAAUUUCGCGAAGGUACCGAACUGCUGGACACACUCGUACGUUUUGGGAGAAUCUCGUAUGAGAAAGAGGACGUGAGGGUCUGGGACCGCAUAUGGAAGCCGUCUGGAACAACUGUUCACCACCUGUCGAAAGAUUGGAUGUUUACACCUCUUGCAAAUGUUAGAUUUGUCGCUUCAGCUAACGGUGGGGUCUCUUACAGUGUGCGACCUCAGAGUAUUUGUAGUUGGGCGAGCAUACUGUGUUGUUUAAAGUUAGUCUGGGAUUUCCUUGCUUGGAUUUGGUCUUGCAUACUGUGGAUUUUAGUAGCAGUAUGUGAAUGGCUUGGAAAAAAAUGACGUAUGAAAAUCGCUGUCCAUAAAAAUUAUAAACAUUUGGGCCUAGUUAAACCUGAUUAAACCUAAUUAAACCUGAUUUCAAAUUUUAUUGCAACUCAUCAAGUCAAGUUCAAACUACAGUCGAACUUCCUCUUUAAGACAUCUAUUCAUUGUGGACAGCUUCAUAUAUUCCGAUCGUAUUCUAGCAUGCUUUCUUCUAAAACAAACCUCUGUAAUAUGCAAUCUCUUUAAUACGGUAAAAGGGGACAUUAAAUCUCAGCUCAGAGUUGCCGUAAUUAUGUAAAACAACCUCCUGUUUUCAGUUAUAUGCUAAAUACUAACGAUUUAUUUACCAGAGAUGAGCCUUACAAAAGUUAACACUGUUGCACGGCAGCUUUACUUAGGUUUGAUUGUGUAUGCUCUUUGCUUUGUCCUUUUGUGUCCGAUAUUCGAGAGCUUUACCUGUACCUCAAGAUAGGCAACGGAAAGCAAUUAGCGAUGGGCGAUCUCUGUUUUAUUUGUUUUAAAAUUUUACAGGGUAUCAAAUCACGUCAAAAUUUAAAAAUAAAAUCAUGGUUUCUGUAAUGGAUAGCCUAGGAAAGGAUAGUAUAAUUGUCGAGCGUUAAGAGAAAUAGAAACAGUCUCUGAAUAUGUGAAAAAUGUAUUUUGCUUAAACAGUUCUGUUACCUAUAUUCACACUUUUAACGGCUCAGUUUUACCUUCAUUCGUCAUCUCAUUUGUAAUUUGCAUUGUUAUUUUAUCUAUUAUAUAUGUUUAGUUAAGGUAAUCACAUGAUUUCGAGUGCAAUUUGAAAUAAAUAAGCCCGAGUAAAUUUUUUCAAACACUAACAAAAUUGCACGAGCCCGUAGGGCAGGUACAAUUUGUGGUCUUUGAAAAAAUUUACAGUGCUUAUUUGUUCCAAAUUGCACGAGAAAAAUCAUGUGAUUGCGUAUUAAUAAUAUACAUGAAAAGAUACGAGAUAGCUUAUCAUAAUUAUGCAGAAGCAAAGCGCGCGCAUCAAAUGCAAAAAUAAUUUAUUCAAACCCUACAUGUGACACCGUGCGUUCGGUCAAAACAACCGCCUACGAUCAAAACAAUAAUAUACCACGAUAUUUUCACAUCUUAAGUAUAGGUAAUCACAUGAUUUCGAGUGCAAUUUGGAAUAAAUAAGCACGAGUCAAUUUUUUCAAGGACAUACAAAAUUGCACUGAAUUAACCCUCUUCCCCAUUGAAUUACCUGAAAACUACAUUUAUCUUAACCAAUCAGACCUAAGUAAUUUUUUCAUGUAUGUGAUUUUAAUCGUAAUUAGCUGGAUUUAGUUAGUUAGGAGAUGAAGAACCUCGUAGGAUGGAUACAUUUUCCAAAACUGUUUUAUUAUUUCUUUUUUUAUUUUUAUUAACUGAUUUCCUAACGAUUGAGUGCCUUGGAAACACAGAUUUUUAAUAUUUUGUGGAAAUAUCUGUUGCGUGGUUUCACAGUUUAAAUCAGUUAGGAUUUCAUCCCUUUAUUCCUAUAUUUGUUUGCAUACCUCAGUCCAAGGUUCCAAAAUCCUAUUUUCCCAGUAAGGAAUUAAUCAAACCAGGGGGAAUGGAAAGUGAUGUCGACACUCUAAGCGGUCGAAAUGUCUCUAGUCUGUUUGAUAGUAAAGUUAAGGUCCAAAAAUCUAGCAUUUUAUAUCAUCCCCUUAACUGAACGCCUCCAAGUAAGAGAGCGGGAUGGACAGCAUCGACCUCAGAUAUCACGACCUGAUUUGUUAUGCUCUGAUUUCGUGUUGUUUAUCGUGCUCGUCCAUGCAUGCAAUACUGACAAGAGAGCGACCGUUUCCGAGACAUUUUCAACCAAAGGUCAUAUUCGCUUGAUUAAUUGUCUUAUCUUUCGAAGAAAUCGUAGCUUUUAAUUGCAAUAAGCUUCCUCUCUUUCGAAAGCUGUCGGUGAUUUGGUGGCAGAUGUAUGGUGUUACAUGUGACUGAAAUCUGUAUUCUUGAGUGAACUUGUUGUUUUGUUCGCGACAAAGCUAAUGAAGACGUUUGAGGAAUAAUGACAAAAAUUGAAACUCUUCGCCUCGGGUAAUUAGCCGCUCUUACCCUUCCAGCUGCAAGUAUUUAAAUAAACUAAAAAUUUAACUUCAUAUUUUUUGUAGUUACUGGUUUCAGUUGAG